AUGUCGCACAAGACUCAAGAACCCGUCAUCACCAAGAUCUCCGACCUCCCACUUGAGGAGGCCAGGUGGGUGACCCUCAAGAAGAUCGACUACGUGGACCAGGUCGGCAAGGCGCGAUCCUGGGAGGUCGCGCAGCGCAAGACGAGGGGCAAGUCCGGCGUGGACGCCGUGGCCAUGGGCAACAUCCUCCUGCACCCGUCCAGGCCCGCCUCGACCCUGCUUGUCAUCCAGUACCGCCCGCCCCUGGACUCCUACACGGUCGAGUGGCCGGCGGGGCUCAUCGACGCCGAGGAGACGGCCGAGCAGGCGGCCGUGCGCGAGUUCAAGGAGGAGACGGGCUACGACUGCGUGGUCAAGAGCGUCAGCCCGGCCCAGUCGGCCGACCCGGGCAUGACGAAUGCGAACAUGCAACUCGUCAUGGUGGAGGUGCAGCUGGGCGAGGGGGACGAGGAGCCCGAGCAGCGGCUGGAGGAUGGGGAGCACAUACAGAGGGUGAUUGUUCCGAUAGCGGAGCUGUACGAGCGGCUUGUUGAGUACUCCAAGCAGGAGCGGAUGGUGGUUGCGGCGAAGCUGUUCCACUUUGCGGCUGGGAUGGAGUUUGCCAGGACUCAGACUUACUUUAAAUAA